UGCGCGGGGCGCGUGGAGGACGCACGAGCCGCGCAGGGCCGCCGGGAUCUCAGGCCCCGCCCUUCAGCUUUCCCGGUCGUCAUGACGACCGGGCUGCCCGCAACGGCGGCCGGGGCAAGUCGUUGAGGCUGUGAGCCGAACUAGGGCCCUACGGACCUCGCCCGACUGGGCGGGGCCCGCGCCAGAGAGACCCAGCUCCAUCCGAACAGGGACUAUGAGAAAAUGGUCGGGCAGACGAGGAGUAAGUUCAAAGAAGCGGCUUCAGAGCCGGCGCACUCCUCCCGCGCUAUGCCGUCCAGGCGGCGGCGCCGGGCCACCGGAGCCGGGGAGCCGGAGAUGGAGGAGCCGCAGGCGCAGGUGGAAAAGCCGCAGCCUCCGUUGCCCGUAGGCGGGGGGAACCUGCCGGGGGGCGCCCGGGGCUACUCGCCGCGGAGGACCCGAAAUCCGAACGCGCAGAAUUGCAUGCAAAUGGAGGUGGUCGCAAAGACCCUCCUUCUCGGCCGCUUCCAGUUCCUCACCUGUUUGCUGGAGCAGCUCCGCGACAAGGUGCAGCAGUUGCGGAGACGGCAGGUCAACAGCAGGACCUCUCUGGGCAUAGCUGCCUUUGUGGGAGUUUUGCACUGGAUACAUUUAGUAACACUUUUUGAAAAUGAUCGUCAUUUUUCCCACCUAUCAUCUUUAGAACGGGAGAUGACUUUCCGAACUGAAAUGGGACUUUAUUAUUCCUACUUCAAGACCAUUAUUGAAGCACCAUCAUUUUUGGAAGGACUCUGGAUGAUAAUGAAUGACAGGCUUACUGAAUAUCCCCUUGUAAUUAAUACAGUGAAACGCUUCCAUCUUUAUCCAGAGGUGAUUAUAGCCUUCUGGUAUCGCAUAUUUGUGGGAAUAAUGAAUUUAUUUGGGCUAGAAGCUAAGACCUGCUGGAAUGUCACCAGGGUAGAACCUUUAAAUGAAGUUCAAAGCUGUGAAGGAUUGGGAGACCCUGCUUGCUUUUAUGUUGCUGUGAUUUUUAUUUUAAAUGGAAUAAUGAUGGGAUUGUUCUUCUUAUAUGGUGCAUACCUGAGUGGGACUCAACUUGGAGGUCUAAUUACAGUUUUGUGCUACUUUUUCAACCAUGGAGAGGCUACCCGCGUAAUGUGGACACCACCUCUCCGGGAAAGUUUUUCAUAUCCAUUUCUUGUACUUCAGAUGUGCAUUUUAACUUUGAUUCUCAGGACCUCGAACAAUAAUAGAAGGCAUUUUAUUGCACUCUGUUUUUCCAAUGUUGCUUUUAUGCUUCCCUGGCAGUUUGCUCAGUUUAUACUUUUUACACAGAUAGCUUCAUUAUUUCCCAUGUAUGUUGUGGGAUACAUUGAGCCAAACAAAUUUCAGAAGAUCAUUUAUAUGAACAUGGUUUCAGUUCUCCUUUGUUUUGUAUUGAUGUUUGGAAAUCCAAUGUAUUUAUCUUCUUAUUAUUCUUCAUCUUUGUUAAUGACAUUGGUGAUAAUUCUAAAGAGAAAUAAAAUUCAAAGAUUGGGAGUGUCUGAACUCAACUUUUGGCUGAUUCAAGGUUGUGCUUGGUUGUGUGGAACAAUUAUUUUGAAAUUUCUGACAUCUAAAAUCUUAGGUGUUUCAGAUCAUAUUCGCUUGAGUGACCUUAUAGCAGCCAGAAUCCUAAGGUAUACAGAUUUUGAUACCUUAAUUUACACCUGUGCUCCUGAAUUUGACUUCAUGGAAAAAGCGACUCCAUUGAGAUAUACAAAGACAUUAUUGCUUCCAGUUGUUAUGACGAUUACUUAUUUUAUCUUUAAAAAGGCUUAUCGUGAUGUUUUGUGUGUCUUAUCUGCAAAUACUUAUCUAAGAAAACAGCUCCUUGAACAUGGUGAGCUGAUUUUUCACACAUUGCAACUGUUAGCCUUCACUGUCCUUGCCAUUUUAAUCAUGAGGCUGAAGUUGUUUUUAACACCUCACAUGUGUGUUAUGGCUUCCUUGAUAUGUUCUCGACGGCUCUUUGGCUGGCUUUUUUGCAGAGUUCGUUUUGAGAAUGUUAUCUUUGGCAUCCUAACAGUGAUGUCAAUACAAGGUUGUGCAAACCUCCAUAAUCAAUGGAGCAUAAUAGGAGAAUUUAAUAAUUUGCCUCAGGAGGAACUGAUACAAUGGAUCAAAUAUAAUACUAGACCAGAUGCUGUUUUUGCAGGUGCCAUGCCUACAAUGGCCAGUGUCAAGCUGUCUACCCUGCACCCCAUUGUGAAUCACCCACAUUACGAGGAUGCAGACUUGAGGGCUCGGACAAAAAUAGUUUAUUCCACAUAUAGUCGAAAAUCUGCAAAAGAAGUGAGAGAUAAAUUGUUGGAGUUACAUGUGAAUUAUUACAUUUUAGAAGAGGCAUGGUGUGUUGUGAGAACUAAGCCUGGUUGCAGUAUGCUGGAAAUUUGGGAUGUGGAAGACCCUUCCAAUACAGCUAAUCCUCCCUUAUGUAGUGUCUUGCUCAAGGAUGGGAGGCCUUACUUCACCACAGUAUUUCAGAAUAGUAUGUACAGAGUAUUAAAGGUUAACUGAGAACAAAACCCACCACACUGUGGUGAAAAUAAGUGUGUA